AUGAAAUCGGCAGUGAUUUUACUAAUAGGCUUGUUGAGUGCUGUUGCUUACUUGAAUAAAGAAGAAAAUGAUAGUUAUACUGAAUUUUAGAGAUGGAAAAUUGAAUAUGGAAAAUCGUAUACAGGGCAGCAAGAAGUUUUUCGAUUCUUUAAUUUUUAAAUUAAUCGAAAUAAAGUAUAUAAACAUAAUUCUGAUCCAAAUAAAACUUAUUUUAUGAGAAUGAACUAGUUCAGUGAUUUAUCUUAAGAGGAAUUUUCAUUGAUUUAUCUAACUCAUGAUAUUUCAGAAGAUGUGAUGGAAUAAAACUAAAUUACUGAUGAAAUAUAAAACACUUAAGAAAAUGAUAAAACAAUCAAUUCAGUUGAUUGGAGAAAGAUUACAUAGGUUAAAGAUUAAGGGUAGUGUGCUGGAUGCUGGGCUUUUGGAGCUGUAGGAGCAGCAGAAGCUUGGUUUUAUGUUAAAAAUAAAACAACAGUUAUAUUAUCAGAAUAGUAAUUGAUUGAUUGUGAUACUCAGUCUUUCGGAUGCAAUGGAGGUUAUUAAAACCUUGCACUAAAGUAUAUUGCUAAUCAUGGAUUGAAUGAUGCUAGAGUUUAUCCAUAUACAUAGAAAUAAUCAGCAUAUUGUAAAUACGAUUCAGGACCAUAUAAAACAAACGGAGCUUAAGGUGUAAGUUCUAAUAAUUUCAAAUCCUUUUUAACUGAAUAUCCUUUGUUAGUUGUUGUUGAUGCAACCAAUUGGUAGUUUUACGGAGGAGGGGUUUUUAAGGAUUGUAACAGAUCUGUAAAUCAUGCCGUCCUAGCUGUUGGAUUUGAUGAAAAUGAUAAUUGGUUUGUUAAAAAUUCAUGGGGAAUUUCUUGGGGUGAAAAAGGAUUCAUUACUCUUGCCCCUGGAAACACUUGUGGCAUUACUUCUUAUGCAUACAGAGCUAUCUGA